CAGCGAUCCUGUUCUCGUUACUGUCACCACGCCCACGCACCGCCAACCCGCCCCCCGAACCGCACAACACAGCACCCAAAUCCUCCCAAAAACAAACGAUCGCACUGCUCCAGCUCCCUCGAGACCGCUGAGCAUUCGCCGAUUCCACUUUUUCCGCCAUGGCUAUGAAAUAGAUCACAAAGCUCACUCGAGCUUUGAACGAACCACGCGGUGCAACAGACUGGGCUGACUCCCUUCCUCACAACCCCCAAAACAAACCACGAUUCCACCUAUCCGACCCAUCCGACAGUGACCUCAACAUGCCAGACUUAGACGAACCAGGCUGGUCUUGGCCAGCCUGGAAGUUUGGCAUGAAGAGGGAUGACCUCUUUACCAAACUCCACGAUCAGUACAACACCUUCUCCUUCAACAUCCAAGACCCCGAGGCCUUCCACCACGACGUCUACGAAAUCUCCCGUGAUGCCGAUACCCCUGACGAGUUCCAUCGCUUGAUGGCCGAUCGCCAGCGCCAGCGCCUGACCGAGCUCCAUGAGUCUCUCGAGUCGCUGGCCGUGGAGAUCAUCGCCAACCCCAAGCUGAUGGACUCGGAACACUGGCAAUACGCUCUCCAGCUCUUCCGGACCAAGUCUUUUGACUCAAUCGUCCGGUACUUCGCGAGCUAUCUCCCUGACAGCUACCUCGAUCAGCACGACACUGUCUCUAUCUCAUCUUCUACUUACUCCGAGACCAACAGCGUCAAAACCGAAAGCACCUCGGCCAGCAGCGUCGACGAUGCCUCCCUUCCUAGUUUCUUCGGCGAUGAUGACGAGGUCGUCAUGACCAAGGAGCCCCUCUCUAUUCACACCAAUAUCAGGUCCUCUCAUUCGGGUCCUUUUGGACCUGACUUGACCCGGUCACACGUCCACGACGACGAUGAGACCUCGCAAUCGGACGAUUGCGAGAGCGCCGCCACCUCCGACUGCGCAGAGAGCCCGUCGUCGUUGGAUGAGACCACUGAGGAGGAACAUGUUCACGAUGGCUUCGAUGAAGAUCUCGAGGACGAAUAUCCUGCCGCACAAUUUCCCGAAGAUGCUUUCGACGCGUUCGAUUUCAAUAACGAUACCCUAGAUUCCGACACUCCUACCCCUCGACAAGAAACUAUCGCAUCCUGUUAUAUUGAGUACAAGUCCGUGGUGUCGCGGAGGAUACCCUCCCCUCACCGACGCUCACCUUCCCCCUCACCAAAACACCACUUUGCACAUCGCCACCAAGGUUCUUCCUUCCGGGAGAUCCGGAGAAGUCCUGAUGAAGCGCUCAGCAAGGUCCAGAAGCCCAUGCCAGAUCCCAUACGGAGACGGACGGGAGGCAGGAGACGGCUGGAUUAG